CGAUUACUUGUUUGGGCCAGAAUUAGGGUUGAGCCCGCACACCGUCCGGCUAAGCGAAAAACCCAACCAUCGCAGCCCGACGACGACAAGCUCUUUGCAGUCUGUCCGUAGGAAGAAGCACUUUCGACGUCGACAAUCGCCAUCGCCAUCUGACUACCUCACAUCCGUCAAGAUGGGUCACUCUCACGGUCUGAGGAAGGGCACUCGCUAUGCCUUCUCCCGCGAAUACAAGAAACAUGGCGUUAUCCCUCUCUCCACCUAUCUGAGAGUUUACCGGGUUGGCGACAUCGUGGAUAUCAAAGUCAAUGGAGCAGUUCACAAGGGUAUGCCACAUAAGGUCUACCAUGGCAAGACUGGUGUUGUCUACAACGUGACCAAGUCCGCCGUUGGUGUCAUCAUCUACAAGCGCGUUGGAAACAGAUACAUGGAGAAGCGCGUCAACGUCCGCAUUGAGCACGUUUCCCACUCCCGAUCCAGAGAAGAGUUCCUCCGCCGAGUCAAGGAGAAUGCCCUUAAGAGACAGAAGGCCAAGGAGGAGGGUAUCCACGUCCACCUGAAGAGACAACCUGUCGGACCCCGGGAGGCGAGAACAGUGAGCACGGAGGGAAAUAUGCCCGAGACGAUCACACCUGUUGCAUACGAGACGACUAUCUAAAGAAAGACAAAAAUUCAAUUAUCUGUGUUGUACGGGGUUUGGGUUCUUUUUUUUUCCCUUUUACGACUAUUUUUCCUUUUAUGUCACGGUGAAUUAGUGUAUUGCACUUGGUGGCGUGGAGGAGCGCAGCCUCUACACAUGGUAUCAAUACAACCAUACAUCCACGACAAAUGAGGAAAUCAAUUUUUUUGCCAAUCAAUGGUGUGAUUCAUAUCCGUUGAGAUUUUGCUUCAUCAGUGGGGAGGGCCAUAUCACUUUAUUGUCACAAUGUUUUUCGUGGCCAACAUCGGUUCGGUUGCUACAGGACUUUGCGGUCUUGGCCUACUCUUUCUGCUGGCGACUUAACCGACACCUAUCCGACCCGGAAACCAACCCCAGUGGAUUUCCUCUGGCUUCAUAGCCUCAUGCAUUAUGAAAUCUUGUCGGCCAACACCUCCAGGUCGGUGCCAUCUCCUUAAGAUACGUACUGUUGUAAACUUUUCAAGGCUCUCGUAUACAUGUGAAUGACUAGUUUGAUGAGCUACAAGUUGACAGCGUUCGAAGUUAGUAUACUUCUCUUUUGGACGCCGCUAGUGAAGAGGGAAUUUUGAAGUUCAAUGAAGAUGCGCUGUGUAGCUGAAUUCGGCCCGGGGCCUCAAGCGGUUCACUUGCUAGUCAAUGGGAACUAUUACAUCCUGACGCUUCAAUCCAUUCACUCAUACUGUUCAGCACCAUGAUUAUCUUAGUGUAGUGAAUGCUCUCAUAUGUUAGUCUCCCCCCUGAUAUCUUUCUCUACUCCCUCAGGCCAAUUCGACACCAAACUUGUAGAUCACAUGAUCAUACUCAACGCGCCCGGUCGAUGGUAAGUCCACGCGCUAAACCUCUUUGGACCUCGAAGCU